CACACAUUCGGCUCCUCGGCAACCAUGGUCAGCUCGCUCGAGCACGACAACUGGGCACCUGACAGUCAUUAUAUCUCACGGCAUUGUGUUGGUGAUACAUGCCGAGAUGGCUAUCAACAACCCCGCAAAAGCAUGAUGUCUCGGAGGUCAGUAUGGGAAAAUAAAUAUCCCAUUUCGUCCCAGGUUUCUCGGAACUCCCGUCAUCGUUGCUUUUCCCUUCAGCGAACAAGAUGUUUGCCCUUCAAUUGGGCUUCCAAUGCCUCUUUUUCUUGAUUUUCACACAAGCUACUCCCACCAGCAAAGUCUUCGAAUCAAUCCGCGAACUUCCUCGCGGAUGGAGCUUCGUUCGCACAGCUGAUGGAAACGAGCCCAUCAAGCUCCGUCUGUCUCUCAAGCAGCAAAAUAUAGACCACUUCUAUGACAAGCUACUGGAAAUAUCGACUCCAGAGCAUCCGAAUUAUGGAAUGCAUUACGAAGGCCACGAGCUUCGAAGCCUCCUCCAGCCUACCAAAGAAACUUCAAGCGCAGCAUAUAAUUGGCUAUCUGACAACAACAUCACGGCAGCCAAGGACGAGGGUGACUACCUUUUAUUUUCAACAGACGUCUAUACUGCGAACGGAAUGCUCAGCACUGAGUUCGGCUGGUACCAAAGCAGGGACACCAAGCAGCAGGUUCUCCGAACACGUCAAUACUCCGUCCCGGACGAAAUCCGAGAGCACAUCAACUUCGUACAACCCACCACCCGGUUCGGGGGAUUGCAGCCACUGUCCUCCAUGGCGAGAAUUGCCGAUGAAGGUGUCAAAUCAGACGGUCAGUCUAAGUGGUGGGGAGGAGCUGCCACUGAAGUCAACAUUACGUGCAACAAAACUAUUACCCCUGAGUGUCUCCUGAACCUGUACAAUGUGCACUACGACGCGGAUCCGGAUAACGGGAAUACGGUUGGCUAUGCCUCGUUCUUGGAGCAAUAUGCGAGAUACGAUGACCUCGCUACAUUUGAGAAGGUGUAUGCUCCAUACGCUGUUGAUCAAAACUUCACAGUCACCCAAUAUCACGGCGGCCUCAACGACCAAACUUCGACCAACGACUCCGGCGAGGCAAACCUUGACAACCAAUACAUCCUGUCAGUCUCCUACCCAACCCCCGUAACCGAAUUCUCAACCGGGGGGCGCGGCCUCCUCAUCCCAGACGGCGACUCCCCGACCCAAGUAGACAACACCAACGAACCCUACCUCGACUUCCUCCUCGCUCUCACAAAGUUGGACAACAGCGACAUCCCCAACUCAAUCUCUAUCUCCUACGGCGAGAGCGAGCAAGAGAUCCCCAUCUCCUACGCAACACAAGUCUGUAACCUCUUCGCUCAGCUCGGAGCACGAGGAAAGUCCAUCCUAUUCUCCUCAGGCGAUUCCGGGCCAGGGGAUUUCUGUAUCUCAAACGACGGGCACAAUCGCACAAAAUUCCAGCCCACCUUUCCCGCCGCUUGUCCCUGGGUAACAGCCGUCGGCGGAACGGCUCAAGUCGAACCAGAAGUAGCAGUCUCCUUCUCCUCCGGCGGCUUCUCCAACAUCUGGCCCCGACCAGCGUACCAAGCCUGGGCCGUCGAUGAAUACCUUAGGAAGGUAGGGGAUAAGAAUGAAGGGUGGUAUAAUAGGAGAGGGAGAGCAUUCCCGGAUGUGGCGGCGCAGGCGUUGAAUUAUAGGGUUAUUGAUCUGGGGUUUGAUAAGAGUUACAUGGGAACUAGUUGUGCUGCUCCUACCUUUAAUGCGAUUAUUGCGCUGCUGAAUUCAGCCCGGAUUGACAGUGGGUUGCCGACGUUGGGGUUUCUGAAUCCGUGGUUGUAUGGUGUUGGCAGGUGGGGACUGAAUGAUAUUACGAAAGGGAGGAGUACUGGGUGUAAUGGGUAUGGCAAUUUUCAUAGGAAGCAGAAUGGGAGUCCUGUGUUGCCUGGAGCGGGCUGGAACGCAAGUGUUGGAUGGGAUGCGGUGACGGGGUUGGGGACGCCGGAUUUUGGGAAGCUGUUGAGGUUGUCCAUGCCUUGGAUUAAGAAUGAUGGUGGGUGGGUGUGAUAUGUUGAAAAGCAAGUGCUGUUAUGUCAAAGCGAUGUGUGAUAUUUUGCUGUAUUUAAAGGUUCCAAAGCUUUAAACAUUGCUUGAAAUGCCUGGUUCUAUUGAAUUGCUCACCCUUCUGGCCGC